AUGGAGGAGCCGGGGGCCCCCAAGAGGGCCCCCCGCCACCACAAGGCCCACGCGAACCUAAUUCUAGAGUUGCUGCACCGUGCUGCUGCUCCCCUGCAGCAGCAGCAGCAGCAGCAGGACUUGGCUGUGCGGGAGGGCUUCGCGCUAGACAACCUCGCGGACCUCCUCGAGCUGCUGAGCUACGCCCUAGACUACCGCAGCAGGCUGCUGCAGCACCAGGCAGCAGCAGCAGCAGCAAGGCAGCAGCAGCAGCAGCAGCUGCACCUCCUCAACGAGUGGCAGGGGCAGCAGCAGCCAGCGCGCGCCCGCAGCAGCCCCAGCAGCAGCCCUGCUGCUGCUGCUGCUGCUGCAGCAGCAGCAGACUCGCAAACUUGCUUCUUCUCUUCAUUAGAUAAUGCUGAACUUAUUACAGAGGCCCCCAUAGUUGACAGCGACGGCUGGCCGUGGGGCCCCCGGGGGGCCCCCCAGGAGUGGCAGCAGCGGCAGCAGCAGCAGCAGCAGCAGCAGCAGCAGCAGGAAGCAGGGCCCAUCCUUGCGAGGCACAAGCUUUCCCUCUUCGACAUUUGCGUCGAGUCCAAACUCUUCGCCAAAGACGGAAUGCUGGCUUGCACCUUCUUCGCCCGUCUGCGGCGUCUAGUUGAAGGCGAAAGCCUUCCCGUAGGGAGCACGAAGGCGAACCGGGGUUUGAUGCUUGCAAAUGAGGUGCUCCGAAACAACAAGCUCACGCCCCUUGUCUUCGUCGCGCCGGAACUCGGCAAGUGGUCGACUGUGGGAGGCCUGGGGGUGAUGGUGGAUGAGCUUUCAACAACCCUAGCAACCGACCUCUGCAUCCACUGCAGGAAUUCGGCCAAGAAGCGGGGAGAAAGAGGGUAUUUGGAGCGAGAUGGAAUCUCCCACGCAUUUAAUGUGGAGGUCCACGUAGGAGGCGAAUUCAUCAAACUCGGCAUCCACCGGGGCUGCGUAGUCAAGAAUGUGCAGCUUUAUUUCAUUCACCACGCCUCCAUUUUCCCUCAGCCUUAUCCUGAGUUUUAUGGCAUAGACGCCAUCAGAAUGCUGGUGACGUUUGCCAAGGGCGCUCUGGAGCUUCUCUGCCACGAGCGUAUAAUUCCGCAACUAAUUGUGACGAACGACUGGCCCACAUCUCUUAUCCCCGCCUACGCCAAAAACGGCUUCUUUGGCUCCACUUUUGAAAACAGCACUUUCUUCCACAUCAUCCACAACUUAGACCCCAACUACGAAGGGCGCAUCUACAUGAACAAAAAAGAGGAUGCUUACUGGCUGCAUCAGCUUCCCACAGAGCUUCUGGUGGACCCUCUGUGGCACAACCACGUCGUAAACCCUUCGAGGUGCGUGCUGCUGCAAUGCGACUCCUGGGGCACUGUGUCUCCUUCUUACCGCCAAGAGCUGCUGCAGGAAGGAGACACUAAAGUCCAGAGUUCUCCGUUGGCCCCUUUGCUGCGGCGCCACGCGAGUCCCUUCGCAGUCCCCAACGGCAUUCCCAUCCAGCGCCGGCUAGACGCCAUAGCUGCUCUAGGGUUUAAGGACCACUACGAAGCCAAAGCCGCGCUGCAGCAAGAGUACUUCGGGAUGCAGCAGCCAGACAACUCCAUCCCCAUCUUCGCAUUUAUCGGGAGAAUUACGCAGCAAAAGGGUGUGCACUUGAUUCUGGAAGCCGCAGAAACCCUCAUCACUAAACACAGGGGCCGCGUGCAGCUGCUGCUUGGUGGUUUGGCGAACUGGAAGGACGGAUACGCUGCGAGGUGCGCUACGAAAAUGAUGGAGCUGCGGUGGAAGUACCCACAAAGCUUCUGGGCGGAUCCAAAUGAGUUUUUCACCAAAGGCGCCCACGUAAACUACGGGGCGGACUUCGGCCUCAUGCCUUCGGCCUUCGAGCCGGGCGGGAUCGUUCAGCACGAGUUCUUCAUUUCUGGGACUCCUGUUAUUGCGUUUCACACGGGAGGCCUGAAAGACACGGUGGUGGAGUUUGUCCCCUCCACUGGCACAGGAAACGGAUUUUGUUUUUUGAAUUAUACUUCCGGCGAUUUGCUUUAUGCCAUGGAAAGGGCCAUUAGAGUAUUCGACGACAAGGAGAAGUACGCGCUGCUGCGGCAGCUAGCCAGGCGGUCUGUAGUUAGCUGCGAGUCCAGCAGCUGGGCCUGGCUUUGCGAGUUUGCGCGGCUGCGCAACAAAAUGCCCAUCAACGAGAACAAGGUGCAACAAAUCUACGAGAGGCUCCCCGAGUGGUCAGAAGGGGCCUGGAGAAAAAGAAAAGACCAGCUUGCUGCUGCUGCUGUGGGGCUGCCAAGUCCCCCUGGCAGUAGCUGGGGGGCCCCACAGGGGCAGCAGCAGCAGCAGCAGCAGCUGCUGCUGCUGCAGCAGCAGGCGGAAGCGGCUGCCGAGUUUUGGGCGCUGCCGUCCUCCACGGCGAACAAGGGGCGGCGGAAGACGAAGCUGCGGAUCGACAGCAGCAGCAGCAGCAGCAGCAGCAGCACAAGCAGCACGAGCGAGGGAGAAACGCCGCAGUCGCACUUGUCCAGCAGCAGCAGCAGCAGCAGCAGACGCAGCAGCACAGACACAGCAGCUAGCCACAAACCAGCUAGCCACACAAACCGCCCCAAAAAGCUGCUGCCCAGCACAAUCCGUUAUAUGCCCCCUCAGGGAAAGCCCAGGCCCCGUUCUGUGGCCGUUGCCGGGAGCUUCGACGACUGGCGCGUCCGGCGGCCUCUGACUUGGGACAAUGCAAUUCAGGCAUUUGCAAUAUCUCUUGCGCUGCCUCCUGGAGAGUACACGUACAAGCUCGUUGUUGACGGGGAAUGGGUUUGCUGCCACGACUCCCCGACUGCGAGAGACCCUGGAGGCAACGAAAACAACAUUCUAGUUGUCGAGUGA